UGGUCAUCGUCUCCAGCAAUAGAUAAUACUCCAUCCGAGAUGAUUUGCUUGCUCGCCGCCGCGCAUGCUACCAAUUCCUUCUCCCUUCCAUUCCCUUGUUAGCUUAGCUUCUAUGUACUAGUCAUCUGCUCCUAGUCUAGUCCGGAUCCGAAUGAAUACGAUGGACAGCAGCAGGUCGUUGCUUCCUCCGGAGGAGGAGCAGCCGCUCUCCGGCGUCUCUGAUUUCCGCGGCCGCCCCGUCUACCGCUCAACCUCAGGCGGCUGGCGCUCCGCCCUCUUCGUCGUCGCGGUGGAGUUGGGCGGCAGCUUCGCCUACUUCGGCGUGUCGGCAAACCUCAUCACCUACCUGAGUGGGCCGCUGGGCCAAUCCAACGCGUCGGCGGCGGCGGCGGUCAACGCUUGGUCGGGGACGGCCUGCAUGCUUCCUCUGCUCGGCGCCUUCCUCGCCGACUCCUUCCUCGGCCGCUACCCAUCCAUCCUCCUCGCCUGCGCCCUCUACAUCCUCGGGUAUGGCAUUCUCACGGUCACGGUGGCGUCUUCGUCGGCUGCCGGGGGCCCAUCCUUAGCCCAGGUGGCGUUCCUCUACGUGUCGCUCUACCUCAUCGCCUUCGCGCAGGGAGCCGACAAGCCAUGCGGCCUGGCCUUCGGCGCCGACCAGUUUGACUCCGACGACCCCAGGGAGAGCGCCUCCCGUAGCUCCCUCUUCAACUGGUGGUACUUCUCCAUGGCCAUCGGCAUCUCCGUCGCCAUCGCCGUCGUCAGCUAUGUCCAGGAGAACGUCAGCUGGACCGUCGGCUUCGGCAUCCCCUUCGCCAUCAUGUUCUGCGUUUGUGCCGUCUUCCUCCUCGGCACCCCCACCUACCGCCUGUACGCGCCCAGCCCCGGCGCCCGGAACCCCCUGGCUCGUCUCGCUCGCAGCCUCGUCAAGGACGACGACGACGACAAGGAAUCGUCGGAGGAGGCGCGUGGCGUGCUGCGUCUCUUGCCGAUAUGGGCGACGUGCUUGGCGUACGGUGUGGCGUACGCGCAGAUCAUGACGUUGUUCAACAAGCAGGGACGAACGCUGGAUCGGCGCAUCGGCAACAGCGGGCUGGAGGUGCCGCCCGCCGCGUUGCAGACGUUGGGCCCGGUGACCAUCCUACUGUUCGUGCCCAUGUACGACCGCGCGGUGGUGCCGGCGCUGCGACGAGUGACGGGCAACCCGAGGGGGAUGACGACGCUGCAGCGCAUUGGGGCAGGCAUGGCGGUGUCGCUGGCAGCGUUGACGAUCGCGGCGGCGGUGGAGGGACAGCGGCUAGAGAGGGUGCGUGAGCAGAGGGCGGUGAUGAGGUGGACGUGGGUGGUGCCGCAGUACGUGGCGAUGGGGGUGGCGGACGUGCUGGCGGUGGUGGGGAUGCAGGAGUUCUUCCACGGCGAGAUGCCGGAGGGGCUGCGGAGCCUGGGGCUGGCGCUCUACCUGAGCGUCAUGGGCAUCGGCGGCUUCAUCAGCAGCGCCCUCAUCUCCCUUCUGGAUGGAAUCACCAGGAGAGACGGCAGCCAAGGGUGGUUCGCCGACGACCUCAACCGGGGCCACCUCGACUACUUCUACUGCCUGCUCGCCGCCAUCAGCGCCGUCGAGCUCACGUUCUUCCUCUGCUUCUCUCGCUCCUACGCCUACAGGAGGAACAAGCCUCUACCACUACUCUGCUAGCUAGUACCAACAACAAUUUGCAUCUAUAAUAUACUCCCUCUUCCGUACCUUACCUAAAUGUUUGACGAAUUGACGCCGAUGAUUCUUUAAUGCACAUCUGA